UUGACGCGCACGCUUGCGAUCGGUAAACACGAAUUCGGUGCGCUAUUUAUUGAUCGUGCGAUAUCGGUGACUAGUUGCUGUGUGGAUUUUCGAUAUUGCAUACAGUUUAAAUAUAAAUUUGGUAUAUUGUAGAAGAAGUAAAAGUGAUCAUAAGAACUAAACUCAAUUUGGUGAAGUUAAGUGUGUUUCAAAAAAGUGAAAAAAGGUCUAGUAACUUUUGAAUAACUGGGUUUAAUUUGCUCUAAAUACUUGUAGAAAAAAGAUUAUAAUAAAAAAAAAAUUAAUUGAUAUAAAAAAAAUUAACAAAAAUAAAAAUAAAAAAUAAAUAUAAUUAAACAAAUUAAAAAAUAAUUAUAUUUUAUAUGUGUGUCUGAAGGUUCCUAAUAAUGUGCAUAAAUACUUAAAUAAUUCCUUACUGUUCCAUGCAUUUAUCUAAAUACCAAAGAUAUACUGUGCCAAAUGUGUUUGAACUUAAUUUAUUUUAUUUGACUUAAUAUAAUAGAAGCGUUAAGUUUUAAUUUUAACUAUUUUUAAAAUAAAAUCAGCAACCAAGCGACGUAUAAAACUGGAGGAAUUAUAUUAAAAAUAACAUUUUAAAGUUCGCUGAGUUUGGUUCAUCCACAAGUCAUGUUCUCCAUUAUUGACGCUCAGUCGACGCAGCAUGCUGGCAGUGAUUGUGUGGAUCAUAUCGACUUAAAUAGUUCCUUCACAUCGGAUAUUAUGACACAAUCCUGCGAAUCAGAUGUCUCCUAUCACAUCUACAAUGAAUUGCAAUAUGCUACGCAACAACAAUACGGUCAAAAACAAAUAGCUUAUCAACAACAACAACCGAUAACACCAGCAGCAACCACCAACGCUAUACCAAUACUACAAUCUGGCAUUAUCUAUGGCUUUCGUACGCGCCAUCUAUCGUGCAUAGAAGAGAACGAUUCUGAUUCAUUGCACUCCACUUCAGUACCGCAAACACUGGAAAUGUUGAAAGAUGUUGAUGAGUGUUUUAAGCAAUUGACCACCGCUGGUGAUAAUCCCAACCAUAACGAUGGAGCGUUGAAUUCGCUGUUAAUGCAAGCGGUGGAUGAUGAUGAUGAUGGCAUAACUAUGAUCGAUGAGACGCGUCUCUACGAUAUGGAAUAUUUUGAUGAAUUGAGCGUUAGCAAAAAUGAGACGGCCGAUACAACGCUCGACAUGAGUUACACAAGUCAAAAUAGUGAAGAAUAUUGGCAAAGCACCACUUCGGAGCCGGUGCAUUUGGUGCAGCGCUCACACAUCUAUCAGCAACCCGAUAUAAUGACCACGUCAUGCUAUGGCGCUUUGAAUACUUCGUUCGAUAGUGAAAGUUCCGGUCCGCCGGUUUAUAUGAGCACAUCAACACCGACGAAGCAAAAGCUUGCGAAAGUUUCGACGGAGAAAGUGGAAGCGCUCUAUGCUACACCGGAGAAGCGACGUGAACACAAUCGUAGUUUCGAUUCGCAAACAAGUUCGAUUUAUGGUGCUGCCGUUGGUGGUGGUGUGCCGAAUGGCUACGAGCAGCAAGUCAACGGUAAUGCUGCUGGUGUGCCGAAUGAAAGCAUCUAUUCCUUCUCGUUGAACUCGGGUGUGAGUGUCAAUGAUAUGUUGCAACAAAUGUCGCUGCCAAUAGAGUUGACGGUGAUGAACUUGAAUGGUGGCAAUGUUGACGAUAAAAUCAAUCCGGCUGAAGAGUUGAGCGAGGAAAUGGCGGCGAAAUGCUUAAAUGCAGCGCAAAAUGAUCUCCAAUCCAUUCGUCGCUUAUUGGAGCACGACAGCAGCGGCACGAUAUGCCCCAGUUGUCGCAUAUCUUUCGACAAGGGCAAACGCCGGAAAUUGAUCGAUACCUGUGGUCAUGAGCGUUGCUAUUCGUGUAUGUUUCGUAACGAUCAGUGUCCGAUGUGUAUGAAUAGUAAUAGUUCAUUGAAGGAUGUUGACUGCAACAGCAAUGCUCAAGGCUAUGACACGGGCAUCGGUGGUUCGACAUCAACAAUUGUUAGCCCAUUGGGCUCACCGCAGCCACAGCUGAGAUCACAAGUGCAACAGCAGCAUCAACAGAAACAACAACAGUUGCUGCAACUACAACAGCAGCAACAGCAACGCACAAAUGCCGCCGCGCUGGCGCGUUACAUGCAGCAUAACCGGCAGGAGUCCAUAUCUCCGGAAUAUCAUCGCUAUGCAAGUAUUAGUAAAUUGCCGAAAGCGGUGGCUGCAUCGCAAACAACAUAUACCGUUACAGCGGAUAUACACCACGCUAGCAAUAACAACAACAAUAAUAAUGGCAAUACCAUUAGCAGCAUCAGCAGUGGUGGCAGCGGCAGCAAUUGCAAUACGGUCAGCAGCACAGCGAGCAGCAGCAACAAUAACAACGGUCACAAUAAUAUUAGCAAUAACCAUUACAAUAACAACAACAACAGCAGCGGCUGCGGCAGCAUGCAACAGUCUCCACAGCAACACCAACAACAGUUACAUUAUAAUACCGGCGAUGCAAUCAAUGCAUCUUCAUUUGCCACACCACCGACACGGCGACGUUUCUUUAAUCACAAGAAUUUGCGCAGCGCCCUGACCGGACACCGGCGCACCGCCUCGAAUGGUGGUGUGCCCACAGAUGCCGCCGCAACGAUACUCGUCGAUGGCAAAGACAAUAAUGCACUAAAUACAUCGACCUGCUCCGAUUCGGCAGUUACGCGACGCCGCCGUCAAAAGGUCAGUAACAAUGUGAGCGCUGCUUCUACAAGGCCAACAGCGGCCGGCAGUGAGAAUCGACUAAAUCGCUUAAGCCUCGCCGGUACCUCGGUCUAUGCGGGACAUCUUUCAUCGUUGGUCUUUGGUAAAAUCAAAUCGUUAUGGAGCGUCAAUUCAACUUCGUCGGACGCGGGACUUAAUCAAUUUGCAGGCAACGAUGAUCAUGCGCUAACCGCCGCCGAGAAGCAGAAAGAUCAAUUGCGUGCCCGUCUCGGUCUGCUGCUGGACAGCGAUCAGCAUGGCAAUACGAACACGACAACCAGCAGCAGCUCAUCGCAGAAUGUCAGUCCCGAACAGACGCUAUCGGCUGGAUGUGCCAACGCUUUUGGCUCACAACUCUCCGUGAUUACCAAGGAUGAUACGCUCAGUUUGGCUGGCAAGCUGAACGCGCUGUCGUUGUCCACCGAUAACAGUGAUGUAUUUCCAGUGAAGGCGCGCAAAACAGGCGUGCGACGUUCAGCACGCGCUGGCCAAUUGGCUGGCGGCGCCAACAAGCGCAAUGCCGUCUACAAACCGGCCACCGUGCAACCAGUGCAGCUGGCUUUGAAACCGCUCUUUUUUGAAGUACCACUACCCGAACCAGAUCCACCAUUUAUCGGACGUCAGUGGCUGUUGCGUGAGCUCUCCAAUAUACUUACCGGUACCGAAACACCGGGUGUGCUGAUCAACGGUAAUCCUGGUACAGGCAAGACGGCGCUCAUCUUGCAGUUAGUUGAGUAUUCGUGUUUCGGCCGACGUAAGAACAGCAAUAGCACCAGCGAUCCGGAUGGCAUUUACUGCCCCAUCAAUCUCGGUCACGAUCGUUUACGCGCGUUAGCCUCACACAUUGUCGGCUACCACUUCUGUCAGGCCGAUUCGAACCUCACUUGUCUGGUGCCCGACUUUGUGCACUCACUGGCCGCGCAGCUAUGUCAGGCGCCGCAACUCGAGGCAUAUCGUGAGUAUCUGCUGAGCGAGCCACAUUUACAGGAUAUAUUGAGCGUUAAGGAAUGUAUUGCCGAUGCAGAGCGCGUUAUGCGCAUGGCUAUUCUAGAGCCGCUGAUUGUGCUAAAACGUGCCGGUAAGAUACCGACCAAGACUUGCGUCAUACUCGUUGAUGCUUUGUGCGAGGCGGAGUAUCAUCGUCCCGAUCACGGACACACGAUCGCCACUUUUCUUGCCAAGAUGACGCAGCACUUUCCCUCGUGGCUGAAAGUAGUCGCUACCGUACGCACGCAAAUGCUGGAGUUUGUUAAGGGCCUGUCGUAUACGAAAAUGACGCUCGAUAGUUGGGCCUCAAACGAUCUGCUACAGAAGGAUAUGCUCGACUAUAUAACAUUCCGUGUGAAUCACAGCGUGGAAAUACAGAAUAAUAUUGCCGCAGUGAAGGAUCACAACAGUGGACAGCUAAAGUUUAUCGGACACUUGCAAACGCUGACAAAGGGUUCGAUGUUAUACGCCAAGCUGAUACUCGAUCUCAUUGAGCGCGGUCAGUUGGUGAUCAAGUCGACCAGUUACAAAGUGCUGCCUGUGAGUUUAGCGCAAAUAUUUUUGCUACACUUCAAUUUGCGUUUCCCUACCAACAGCAGUUUCGAGAAAGCCGCGCCCAUACUGAAUGUGUGCUUGGCUGCUUUGUAUCCACUUACCUUGAAUGAAAUUUACUACACCAUUUGUGCAAUGAAGACCGACGAGGUGCUUAGCUGGGAUGAGUUCUUGCAACGCUUCAAAUUGCUCGAUGGCUUUCUCAUACGUCGCAUUGACAACACGUACAUGUUUUUCCACUCGUACUUCCGCGAAUGGUUAAUCCGACGUGACGAAGGUGAAUCCUUGAAAUUUCUUUGCGAUUUUCGGCUCGGACAUGCAGCUAUUGCAUUUCGGCUAUCACGUAUGCAAGCGCCACUUGAUCCCGAGCAAACCAUGGAGCUAGGUCACCACAUGCUAAAGGCGCACAUUUACCGCAACUGUCUGGGUCCACAACUGCCGCGCGAUAUGCAAUCAUUCUGGGUCGCCACCGUCACCGAUAACAUAUCGGCCGCGCUCGGUUCUUUGCGCAACGUCUACAGUCCGAACUUAAAGGUGUCGCGCUUGAUUUUACUAGCCGGCGCUUCACCACACUACCAUACAGAAUUUAUGGGCGGCGCAACAAUACUCUGCAUUGCAGCGCAUGAGGGCAUAAUGCCCAUGGUGAACUUACUGCUGGAAUUCGGCGCUGACGUGAGUCUAACUAACAGUCAAGGCUGCACACCACUCAUAUUGGCCGCAAUACGUGGUCACGCUGAUGUAGUACGCUUGUUGGUGGCCGCCGGCAGCAGUUUAGGGCAAACAGAUACAACACAGCGCUGCGCGUUAGUACAUGCCGCGCGCACUGGUCGCCUUAAUGUGGUGAAAUAUUUGCUAGCCUGUGACUGGACGCCGCGUCCCAACUCACAGGAUGUCAGUUUGGCAGUGGCGCUACAGCAAUCACUUAUCGCUGCGGCAGCACAAGAUCACGUCACAAUCGUUGAGGAUUUGCUGGAAAUCGACGGCAUAGAUGUGAAUCUCAUGGAUGAGGCAUGUGGUGAAUUACCGCUAACCGCAGCGGCACGUAAUGGUUGCAGCGAUACAGUCGCCAUCUUACUGCCGAAGGGCGCGCGUAUUGAUGCGCGUAACAAACAGGAUUUUACCGCGCUCUGGUUAGCGGUAAAGGAAGGGCAUUGGGCAGUGGUGGAGAAGUUGAUACAAAAUGGCGCUGAUAUAGAUGAGCCAGUAACCAUAGCGCGCAAGACACCGCUUAUGAUAGCCGCGGAGGAAGGUCAUAUUGAGCUGUUGGAGUUGCUGAUUGAACGUGGCGCCGCGCUGGAAGCACAAGAUGAGGAAGGCUUUACUGCGCUCUCGUGGGCAAGUUUACGUGGACGCCAACCGGCCGCUAAAUGUCUAAUCGAACGCGGCUGCAAUCGCAAUCACGCCGACAACAAAGGGCGCACACCGCUCGAUUUGGCGGCAUAUCAAGGCUCUGCCGCUUUGGUGCUCUAUCUGCUUGAACAGGGCGCAAAUAUCGAGCAUAUCGAUGUGAAUGGCAUGCGUCCACUCGACCGCGCAAUUGCUUGCCGCAAUAUACAGGUUGUACAAGUAUUUUUACGUCGCGGCGCUAAGUUAGGCCCCACUACCUGGAGUAUGGCUAUGGGCAAACCAGAGAUUUUGAUAGUGCUGCUGAAUAAAUUACUCGAAGAUGGCAAUGUUUUGUAUCGUAAGAAUCGCUUUCACGAUGCGGCGCAUCGUUAUCAGUACGCGUUGCGUAAGAUCUCAUGUCUGGAGAAUUUGCUAGAGCGAAGCGCAAUAUUUGCACAAUUGCGCACCAACUUGUUGCUGAAUCUGUCGCGCUGCAAGCGAAAGUUAAAUGAACUUGACGAAUCCAUCGAUUUAGCCACACAGGCUAUCGCUCAGAAACCUGCCAGCUAUGAAGGCUACUACGCGCGCUCCAAAUCACGCAUGGAAAGCGGCGAUUACCCUGAAGCACUCGUCGACGCCAACGAGGCCAUGCAGAAGGCAUUACAAAGCGGCGUCUCAGCCGAAGUGGUCGAAGUGCUCAAGCGCAUACAAGCAGAACUAUUGGCGCACACUAACAGUGACGCUGCUAUUGCUGGUGCUGCAACAGCGCGCGGCAGCGCAAAUGCUUAUGAGGAGUAUGCGCUCAGUUGCGCGGACUUCGGCGCUAUGGGCUUGCCAACGCAGAAUGAGAGCUCAGAUCUGUAGCUUCUUUUUACAACACACAAUAUUUACAAGCUUAAGUGAACAUUUAAAAAAUUAGUUAUUAUUAUAUUUACGCGCUUUAAUUUGCCUUAAAUGAUUUUAUUAAAAUUAUAAUUAUUUUAUAAAUAUUUUUAUAAUUUUAUUUUUAUUUUAUUUUUAUAUUUUUUAUUUAGUGUACUGCAUUUCUUUAAAAUGGAGCUAAAGAUUUGGCGCAGCCAGCCUUUUUUUAUAUAUAUUUAAAUAAUAAUUUUAAGUAAAUUUGUUUUAAUUUUAUAAUUUGCCGUAGCUGCCUGCAUACAAGUAUAUACAAAUCUACUUAUAGAAUAAUAUGUUUACAUUUUAAAUGUCCUAUAUUUAUUUGUGUUUAUGCUUUUCGAUUUUCAGUUUAAAAGAAAAUUGUAUUUUCACCUUCUUUUGUAUUGUAUUUUAUUUAAUGUUUAUGCAAAUUAAACAAAAAAAAAUUAUUUUUGUAUUUCUUUAAGUAAAAAACAUUAUUUUAGCCUGCCUUGCAACUCUAUAUGCCUUAUUGUUUUAUAAUUUAUCUUCUUUGCUUAUAUUUUCUUAUAAAAUUAUAUAUUACAUAAAUGAUAAUGAUUUAAUUAUAAUACUUACUUUAGCAAUUCUUAAAAAAAUAAAAUUUAUAAAAAAUUAAUGUUUCAUCUGCAUGUAAAAAUUCAUUUAAUUGUAUUUUAUUAUAGGCAUUUUAAAAAUGAAUUAAAAUUGUGAAAUUGAACAAACGAAGAAAAAACUAAAUACAUAUGUGUGUGUUUUAUUUAAAAA